AUGACCAGUUUCUUCAGGAACCACGAGUCCUUCCUCGCCCUGAUAUCCCCAUGCCCCAGCAGGUACACCACCCCAGACUCCUUCGCCCCCCUGAUGAACGACAGCUCCCUCUCCAAGCUCUGCCUCGCUGCUGCCUCCACCGGCACCACCGCCGCCGCUCCCACAUCACCACCACCACCGCCGCCACCAGAGGAGGAGCACUCCGCCUCCCCUGCCGCCGCUGAGAGGCGGUCAUCGGAGAGGAGGGGAGCUUGCAGGGAGUAGACGCCGCCAUUGGGGCUGAUCAUCAGCCUGGAGAAGGUCUCCUCGUCGUCAUCCCUUUCCUCGUCGGAGUCGGUGGCGUCCUCGUCGCUCUCCAGCGAUCUCUCCUGGGCCUCCCGCCGGAUGAAUUUCUCCAAGCUCUCGAUCAGCAGCUGCUCGAAGGUUUGGUGGUUCUCCUUCCGCACGUCCUUGUACCCAUACCUGUUGAAAAAUCAGCCCAUCCCACCACCGCAACCGAAGAAGAAGGUUAGGGUUCAUCCUCCUUAAAAUCCUAAACCCUGAACCCUAGUUGACUUCUCUUCUCCAUCAUGAAUGAAGCUCUUAGAUCAAAUACGCUUUAGAUCCAAUCGAAAUAACCCAGUUUAAAAAAAUCCGCAGUUGACUUCCCGAUAAUGCCCAAUCAAAUAGACAAAGUCAAGUCACCAAGCAAUAGGCAAACACUUUGGAAAACUCUUGGGGAAGACCCACAAAAUCCAAGGUUGACUUGCUAAUUGUUACCGAUCAAACGAAUGAAGUCCAAGCACAAAGCAAUGUACCGGAACAUGCUAUACCCUCCCCUCAUGGGUCAGAGUCAUCUAAAGAGAGCCUAUAAAGCUCAUACAAAUUGUGUAGUGUUGACUUUCUGAUGAUUCCCAAGAGGAGAGGAUGAAGUCAACUCACCUGGCAAUGCACCAGAACACCAGAACAUGCUAUAACCCCCCCAUCCCCCCCUCUGAUGGGGCAGAGUCAUCUAAAGAGAGCCUAUAAAGCCCAUAGAAAUUAAAUACAGGGCUGACUUUCUGAUGAUUCCCAAGAGGAGCGGGUGAAGUCAACUCACCUGGCAAUGCACCGGAACAUGCUAUACCCCCCUCAUGGGGCAGAAUCAUCGAAAGAGAAUAGCCUAUGCAAAUGAAAUCCAGGGUUGACGAUUCCCAAGAGGAGAGGAUGAAGUCAACACACCUCGCAAUGCACAGGAACAUGCUAUACCCCCCCUCACGGGGCAGAAUAAUCGAAAGAGAAUAGCCGAUACAAAUAAUAUCCAGGGUUGACUUUCUGAUGAUUCCCAAGAGGAGCGUAUGAAGUCAACUCACCUGGCAAUGCACCGGAACAUGUGAUAACUCUUGGAGCAGACUCGCCGGAAGAGAAAUCUCUCGUUCUGUGGCACCGCCGGGACGGGGACGUACUUGAUGCAGACGAAUAUGAUCAUCGAGUGGAUCGCAGGGAGAGUUGUCAGAAAGUGGCCGAAGAUCGCGGGGACCCCCCUCACGAGCUCGUUGUAGACCAACCCAAUUCCAGGGCCUCUGACAGUACCAAGGUUCGGGCCAAGCUUCACCAGCAGAUCCAUGGAGAGCUUCUGCCUGACCUCGGUUUCAUACUUGAGCUUGCUUCCAUAGUUCCAGACGUACAUUAUCAUGAACAGCACAGCGGCGAAGACCAACAGGACCCAGCUCCCGUCCCCCACAUUGCCAAGAACAGAGGAGAAGAACAGCAGCUCCAAGCCCAGAGAGAUCGUGAGGAAGCUCAGCACCACGACGAUGUUGAUCUGCCAUAUCAGGAGCAUGAUGAUGGUCACCAACACCGUUGUCACCAUCAUCACUCCGAGCUCCGCGAUUCCUGA